CCUCACCCUCGGUGUUCACCCGCGCCCCCGCGGGCCGGAGGGGGGAGCGGCGGCCCGGGAUUAGCACCUUAUUAGCUUCACAGGAGGCUUCGCAUUUUUUUUAAAGCUGACACCUCGACAUCCGCGCCGAGGCUACGUUACCAAUGGGGAAACAUGCACUCCGGCUCGACUCCAUGACAAUACGCGCUUCAAAAGGCUCAGAGGGAUGAGAGGGUUGUCGAUGGCACAGUCACACACAGCGACAAGAAGACUGGUCGGGGACAGUGAGUAUGCUAGCUACCUGUCAACCCAUCUGACCUCCCAGUGCCCUGUUGAAGGCUGGCGUGCCUAGGACUACAUGAUGCUCGUGUCUCCAUUGUGAGGAGGACACCAGGAUUUCAUCAAGGGACUGCAACAUCGGGGGAAACGAACAUUUCCGCACGGACUUUGGUUUCCCCGUGUCCGUUUCUAGCAUGAUGUCAUACCUCAAACAGGCCCCGUACGGCAUGAACGGAAUGGGGCUCAGCGGUACGGCCAUGGACCUACUGCACCCAUCAGUGGGGUAUCCAGAUCGAAAUGGCUUCGAAGAGUUUCCAUUGACAGGUUUCUAUUCCAUUUCAGCGCAUCCGAGGAAACAGCGGAGAGAGAGGACAACUUUUACUCGCACUCAGCUGGACAUUCUGGAGUCCCUUUUCGGCAAGACGCGCUACCCAGACAUUUUCAUGCGGGAAGAAGUCGCACUGAAAAUCAAUUUGCCUGAGUCUAGAGUCCAGGUAUGGUUCAAGAACAGGAGAGCCAAGUGCCGUCAGCAGGCCCAGAGUGGAAACAAUGCUAAAGUCCGGCCUGCCAAGAAGAAGUCCUCUCCAACCAGGGAGAGCACAGGCUCAGAGAGCAGUGGUCAGUUCACCCCUCCGGCAGUGACCAGCACCGGCUCCUCUUCCUCUUCCUCUGCCUCGUCCGGUGGCUCUCAUCCCUCCGGCCAUGGAGGCCAAGGCCUGAGCAGCACUUCUACCUCCGUCACCGCCCCAGUGUCCUCCAUCUGGAGCCCUGCGCCCAUCUCCCCGGCCCCCGCACCACCCCCUGUCCCCGACCCCACUCCCCCCACCAAUGCCUCCUGCAUGCAGAGGUCUGUGUCAGGUACUGGAGGCACGUCCUCCUACCCGGUGUCCUACAGCCAGACAGCGGCGUCCUAUGGGCAGGGCUACCCCGCCCCGGCGUCAACGGGCUCCUACUUCGGAGGGGUGGAAUGCAGCUCGUACCUGGCCCCCAUGCACUCUCACCACCACCCCCACCAUACGCACCAGCUCAGCCCCAUGACGGGCUCCUCUAUGUCUGGCCAUCCACACCACCACAUAGGGCAGACCUCAGGGCACCACCACCAUCACCACCCCCACCACCACCAGGCCUACAGCGGGGCCGGCCUGGCCUUCAACUCCUCAGACUGUCUGGAUUACAAAGAACAAACGGCCGCGGCCGCAGCCUCUUCAUGGAAACUCAACUUCAACACCACCGACUGCUUGGACUACAAAGACCAGGCUUCCUCCUGGCGUUUCCAAGUCUUGUGACUUUUUUUUUACUCCUUUCAAAUAAGUAUUUUUGUUUCGUUUUUUUUGUUGAAGAGCUUUUUUCUUCAAAGCAUUAAUAAUAGUAGAGACAAUUAUAAAGCAUUUUUUAAGUUAAUGUUUGGAAAAAUCAAGUAGCUCACAGAUGAAAAAGCCUGUAAGGGUGGCAUCUUCUUUGACCAUUUCAUGAAUCAACUUUAGAACAUGCUUGAAUUGGACCCCCUCACCCGUACUUUGGAACAUCAAGGAAUAUUUUUCUACACGUGAACUCUGAAAAUUGCCCUCCAACAAGUUUAAAGUAUGUAGUUUAUCCCUUUGAGUUAGAAUUGUUUUUUUCAGGAUGGAGCAAGAGCUCUGUGUUAUGGAUUUUCCAUAAAUAUUCCCAAGAACGACCAAUUGAGGGCGAACCUUUUGUCACAAAAUUUGUUUUAUGGAAAAAUAUGAUAUUUUAUGCUCAUGUAUUUGAUAUAGGCCUACCCAUUAGAGACCAUUUAAAUUGAGAAAUUAAGAUGCUGCUAUUGUUUUCAGUUUUCUGAUAUUCAAAUUUAUGUUAAUUCCAACUUGAAUAUUGUUCAUUGUCCGAACUGUAGUGUUGUAUUUUGGAAGUUUAUUUGCAGCACUUGUUUAUAAGGUAAAAUAUUUUGCUAUUGUUCUUUACGAAGAAAAUGUGAAUUAGACACGCAAUGUCAGUAUUCCAAUGAAAUAAAAAAAUGUACAUUCGUGUCUUUAUAAUAAAGAUUCGUUAAAAACAUG